GCACCCGUCGGAUGACGUCACGACCACGUGAACACUUCAUCGACUUUCGUGCAGGCGAAGCGGCUAACGAGGAACGAAAACAGCGAAUCGGUGGUGAAUUUGUAUGAGUCAAAAGCAACUGAAGCCGACGCUCACUGGACAGCGGAUUCGGACCCGCAAACGAGAUGAAAAGGAGAAGUAUGAACCUCUGACUUUUCGAGAUUCAAUUAUUGCCGGCUUAAAUGCAAGUGGGGAUCUUGAGAAGGCCUCAAAGUAUUUAGAUGGAGCCGCUAGUUCACUGGACUAUCAUCGUUAUGCCGAAGUGCUAUUCGAUGUUUUGAUAGCUGGGGGCAUGCUAGCUCCUGGUGGUGGUAUUGUUCUCGAAUGUAGUGAAGGUCAGCCUCACAAAACAACCAUGUGUUUGUUUGACGCAGAAGACAGCUUGGAGGCAGUGAAAGAGCAUGUUCAGCUCUUGAACUCCCUGAUGCGUCGUUACAAGUACCUUCAGAAGAACUUUGAAGAUGAGAUGAACAAGGUUCUUCAGUUUCUGAAAGGAUUCACAGACGAACAACGUCAUAAGCUGGCAUUGUAUACAGGUCUUGUAAUAUCUGGUGGCAUUGCUCCGGCGAGCGCUCUUUGCAAGUUGCUCAGUGAACAUUUAGUCAAGCCCGGGUUGGCAUUGACUUUCAUGACGAACGUAUUGAAAACGUGGCUGGGAGAGAAGGACAUGACCAGUGUGGGUGGCGCUCUCAAAAAAGCUGGUCUAAACUCCAAGCUUCUCGAGUUUCUGCCUGGACGUCAGUCAUUUGAAGCCUUCGAGAAACACUUCACCGAGAACAAGUUACCUGUUGUAAUUGGCUUUCAGAAGUCGCAACAGGCAGCUCUGGUUCGUCGAGAGCUGCAGAGCCACAUUAAAGAAAUGCUCGAGAAUGAAAUUCCCGUGGAAGAGAUGGUAGCCGAUGCGAAGGGACAAAUGCAAAUACUGGCAUUGGCAGAACCAGAUGUGAUAGUACUCAUCUGGAAGGUGAUCAUGUCAUCUGUAGAAUGGAACAAGAAAGAGGAGUUUGUAGCUGAGCAAGCUUUGAAGCAUCUGAAGGUGUAUGCUCCCCUCUUUGCUGCUUUUUCAACACAGAGUCGGUCAGAAUUGACUCUAAUCGUCCGCAUACAAGAGUAUUGUUAUGAGAAUAUGAACUUCAUGAAGGUUUUCCAGAAGAUCAUAAUGCUGCUGUACAAGACUGACGUCUUGAGCGAGGACUGCAUUUUGAAAUGGUAUAAGGAUGACCACUCGCCGAAGGGAAAGAGUGUUUUUCUUGCUCAGAUGAAGAAAAUGGUCGAAUGGCUGCAAAGUGCAGAGGAAGAAUCGAGCUCAGGAGACGAGCAGUAGUCGUGAAGUGAUAGACUAUUGACUGUAGUAUGGUGUGACUCCGUUUUAGUGUUGUGAUUGUGAGGAUUGAUUUCAGUUGCUGACUGUAAUCAAAUCUAGUGUGUUUAAACAUGAGAUGGAACACGUGCA